CUGGCCACGUCAAACUAUGUGACAGCUCAGCACCAAGCUGAGAUGGCAGCCUCACUCAGUUGUCUGAACCGGUGAAAUCAUAUAGGAUAAAGACGACCGAUAUACCAGACAAUCGUUUCGUUAAUGUUAUGCGGAUCAUCCGUUAUCGAGCUUGUCUCGGGUUCGUAAACCACAGCCAAGGGACCAGUCUGACUGCAGUGAAUGACUUAACGUUAGCAUAUUAGCUAGCUAUAGUAGCUGACCAACUAGCUGUAGCUACUCAGUUACAAAUUGACAACUUAACAAAUGUGAAAAAUUCWACGUUUGAACAAACUGAAACGAUUCACGUAUAACGUUUCUAUGAUUUUGACAGAAAUUUGAAUUGUAUUAAGGUAGUGUCGCUCGCCUAGCUCCAGCUAGCCAGUGUUCGGCCUGUUUGUUGUUGUUUAUGUUUAUCUAACGUAGCUAGUUAUAAACCGCUGAGGACUAACUAGCUAUCUAGCUAGUCUCCAAGAUGUCAUCGUGGCUGGGUGGGUUGGGCUCCGGCUUGGGCCAGUCGCUAGGCCAGGUCGGGGGAAGCCUGUCCUCAUUCACCGGACAAAUAUCCACCUUCACAAAAGAUAUGCUGCUGGAAGGAGUUGAAGAAGUUGAAGGUGUUUCCACUGAGCUGCAGGUGUCCAGUUCUAAGAUGGAACAAGUGGAGGCUGAGGUACGAGGGUUCUCACCAAGGGAGCGUUUAAAGAGGGUCCAUGCAGAGCUGGAGGAGAAGCUGGAGGCCUCAGAGAUCAGAAUAAACAGAGAGUGCGAGUACAGGAUCCUGAUGCAACAGAGAGAUAUGGAAGCUGAAGAGGAGCUCACAGCCGCCGGGGACAGAGCAGGGGAGGCAGCUACACUGCAAUCGGCGAAAGAUGAGGCACAGGCUGAGAACCUAGCUGUCUGCAGGAGCAACACACAGCUGCAUCGUCAGUCACAGCGCGUCGCAGACACGCCGCGUCCAGGGGCGGAGCGGGAGAUGUUGAGAAUGAAGACUCUUGAGAGGGAACCGAAGAGCCAGGUGGAACGUGCAGACAUUCUAGAACUCAACGCCAUCAUUGGAACCCUGAGGAAAGAGAAGGUUAUGACGGAACAGGAAAAGAUGAAUCUACUGGAGAGACUUGCGUGUGCCGAGGACAGAGUGGAGUCAGACGUCMUUGUCAGACGAGAGUUCUCCCCAGCCGCCUCAGAGCAGAUAGCAGAGCUGAGGGCCGAGCUGGAGAAGAGAGAGCAGGCCCUGAAAGACAACCGAGAGGAACGAGACACACUCGUCAUCACCCUGGAAGAACUGGACCGACACAACACGGAAGCUACACAGCAUGUGAUCUCAGUGAAGGAGAAGCUCUCUGUUCAGCUGAAGGAGUCUGAGACAGAGGUGUCCAGGUUGCAGUCAGAGCUCAGUACCACCACCGACCAGAGGGUGGCGCUACAGGAAGAACUACAAGCCCAGCAGGAGAAACUGAGCCAGAGUGCUUACAUCCUGAACGAUCUCCACAUGGACAAGCAGCAUCUGGAGGCCACCGUCAAAGAGUUGAGGGAGAAACUUGGACGGGCAACAACGAUGGGCAAAGAGACCCAGAUGCUCCAGAGAACCGUACAGGAGAGGGAGGAGCAGCUCUCUGCUGCCCGGGCAGAGUUGUGUGAGGCUGGGGAGAGAGGGAGAGAAUCCGGGGGGUCCAGAGAGGAGCUGGAGGAUCUCAGGAGAGAGCUGGCUGAGAUGAGGAGCUCCCAGGAGAAGGUGAUGUCAGAUGACUACGAGAUGAAGAUGGAGAAGCAGAGGCUGAAGACAGAGGCUGAGCAUGCCCAGGGGACGAUAGAGGAACUGGCCAGGCAGGUCAGGGAGGUCCAGGAUGCUCUCAACAGGACCGUCCUGGAGAAGGACACCCGCAUCGAGGCUCUGAAGCUGGAGAAGAGCCAGCUGGAAGGGGAACUGGGCCAGGCAGAGAGAGGCCUACAGGAGCAGGCCAGGCAGUACCAGCAGACCACCGAGGCUCUGAAGCUGGAGAAGAGCCAGCUGGAAGGGGAACUAGGCCAGGCAGAGAGGGGCCUACAGGAGCAGGUCAGGCAGUACCAGCAGACCAUCGAGGAGCUGACCGCUGCCCGCUCCAUGGACGCCUCUGCACUGCAGACGGCGCAUGAGAGGACGGUGAAGCUGAACCAGGAGAAGGAUCUGAAGAUUUCCCAGCUGAGGAGAGACGUGGAACAGAUGGCCUCCGAACACAGAGGCACCGAUGAGAUGCUAUCCGUCACCGUGGCCGAGGAGAAAAAACAGCUGAUAGACCUCCUCCAGGAGAAGGACUCCUUCACGGAGAGCCUGAGAGCCAACAUGGCCGCCACCCAGAGGGAGCUGGAGGCCGUGGUCCAGGCAGCCACCCAGGAGGCUGAGACCCUGAGAGGAGCUCUGGAGGAGAAGGACACCCAGCUGGGAGGCAUGAAGGAAGACAACAGCCACCUGAAGGAGGAGAUGGAGCGUCUGACGGACCAGCUAAGUAGACCCCAGCCUCCCGGCCUGGCCGAGCCACACGCCCCAGACAUCAUCACCGAACUGGAGAAUGAGAUCACCCAGCUGAAGACCUCAGGAGAUGCCUCGAGGAGGACCGUAGAGGAGCAGCAGGGACAUCUCCUCUCCUCCCAGCAGUCCCUCCUGGCACAGCAGAACGAGUUGGAGCAGGCCCACCAACGCCACGAGCAGAGCAGAGAGAACUACGAUAGGCUGAUCCACGCCAAGGACGAGGAGAUUAGACGCCUGCAGCAGGAAGUAGAUCACCUCGGCCCUACCCGAUACUCCCAGGAACAGGAAGUGGUCAUUCUCCAACGGGAAGACGAGACCAAGUCGUCCCUGAAUAACAGGGAGACCGGCAACGAGAAACACGACCUGUCCAAGGUGGAGGUAGAGAGUCUCGUGAAGGGCAUUAAGGAGAAGGAGACGGAGAUCAGCCAGCUGAAUGAGAAGAACCAGAACCUGACCAGACAGCUGGAUCAGCUGGUGGUCUCCAGAGAGGAAAUGGGGAAGCUCAGCCAGAUGGUCCAGCAGAAAGACGUGGAGAUCCAGGCGAUGCACUCCCACAUCUCCCUGGGGGGAGGAGGCCACAGCCGAGACGUGUUGUCCCUCCAGCAGCAGCUGCAGGCCUACGCCGUGGAGAGAGAGCAGGUCCUGGCCGUGCUGAAUGAGAAGACGAGGGAGAACAGCCAGCUGAGGGGGGACUACCAGCACAUCAUGGACAUCGUAGCAGGGAAGGAGGCUGUGCUCCUCAAGGUCCAGCAGGAGAACACGAGGCUGUCCACCAUGUCUGACCCCUCAGGGAGUCGAGAGAUGUUCAGAGAGACCAUUCAGAACCUGUCUCGGAUCAUCAGAGAGAAGGACAUUGAGAUCGACGCACUGACCCAGAAGUGCCAGACGUUGGUGUCGGUGCUGCAGGCAGGAGACUCUGGAGGCGUCAGCUCCAACCAGUUUGAAGAGCUGCUGCAGGAGAGGGACACACUGAAACAACAGGUGAAGAAGAUGGAGGAAUGGAAGAUGCAGGUGAUCACCACAGUAAAGAACAUUUAUAAUGAGUCUGGCCAGCUGGUAGAGGAGCUCCACAAGCUACAGGGACAGGUGGAUGCUGACAAAGACUGCACCUCCGAUCUCUCCGUGGACUACAGCCGUCUGAUCCACAGCUAUGAGCAGAAGGAGAGGAAGCUCGGCAGUCUCAGUCACGAACUAGCCCACGUCCAACAGACCAUCAGCCAGCUGAGCAGUACYAAAGAUGUMCUSCUGGGGAAACUGGACAGUGUGGCRCAGAGUCCCCAAGUCACCCCAYURUCYGCUGCUCUGACGUCUUCUGCCCAGCCUCCUGCUGCAGUGGAACCUCCCAGACACCAGGUGGCAGCACCUGCAACACCGGGGAACCAGGAAGGACUGAGACAGGAGCUGGAGUCUCUGAGAGCCCUCCUGUCUGAGAGGGAGACUAUGAUCAGGACCUUGCAGGAGAACAACCACCGCUUGUCUAACUCAGCCCAGGUGUCAGACAGCGAGCAGCGCGGCCAGGCCGACGAGGCCAGACAGGUCAGAGAGAGACUGGACGCCCUGCAGCGCUCUGUCAGGGAGAAAGACCUGCUCAUACAAGAAAAGAGGGAGACCGAGCUAAGCGUGAGUGAGAGCCUGAGGAACGAGAGAGCGACAACGAGUGUUAAAACAGCCGUGACCAACCUGAAGGAGGCCUUAUCCGUGGAGAUGGAUAACAGGAAGCUGAAGGAUGAGAACGAGGCUGUGGCCCAGCGGAGCAGGGAGAAGGAGUCAGARUUCAGAGCUCUGCAGGAGACCAACAUGCAGGUGUCCCUCCUCAUGAGGGAGAAGGAGUUUGAGAGGAGCGUCGUGUCGGAGAAGGCUGCCGCCAUGGAGAAGAUGCUCAAGGACAGAGAACAGGGCAACAGUCAGAGGUCAGGGGAACUGAACCAGCUCCUGAAUGAGCUGAGGUCCAUGCAGGAGAAAGCUGUGUCCUUCCAGCAGGAGAGAGACCAGGUCAUGCUGGCUCUCAAACAGAAACAGAUGGAGACCACAGCUGUACAGACUGAGCUGCAGCAUGUGAAGGACAGAGAGCAGCGGUUGAAGUUGGAGCUGGACCGGCUACGUAACCACCUGCUGGAGAUAGAGGACACCUACACACGGGAGGCCCUCGCCGCCGAGGACAGGGAGGCGGAGCUACGUAGGAGGGUCACGCUAUUGGACGACAGACUKGCUACAUCCUCCAGUCAGGUGGAGAGCACCAGCCACCAGGCGUCUCUCCAGGUGGAGUCUCUCCAGGAGCAGCUGAGUGGAACGGUGAGGCAGAGAGACGAGGCCCUGACCCAGCUCAGAGCAGCACGGGACCAGGUCAACCAGUACGCCGUGUCCCUGUCCAACCUCCAGGUGGUGAUAGAGCAGUUCCAGCAAGAGGAGAAAGCCAUGUAUUCCUCAGAGCUUGAUAAGUACAAGAGGGAGAAGGACGAGUGGAGAAGAAAAGCAGUUAACCUGGAGGACAGAGCCUCUGCUCUUCAGGUUGGACACUUCCUAGCAACACAUUCCUUUAUAUUACAUUUCUCAUGUUAGUCAUUUAGCAGACGCUCUUAUCCAGAGAGAUUUACAGCUAUAGUGAGUUCAUACAUUUUUCAUACUUUUUUUGUUGCACAUAUCCAUAUCCAGCUCUAUCUCUCGCCUCUCUCUCUCUAAUCA